AUGUAUCUCAAUGGCAGGCAUCAAAGAAGUCAGACUGGAAAGAAACCCUAUGAAUGCAUCCAGUGUGGGAAAGGCUUUGCCUAUUAUAGUUGUCUUCAAAAACAUGAAAAACUUCAUACUGGAGAGAAACCCUAUGAAGUUAUUCAAUAUGGUGAAGCCUUUGCACAUCACAAAUGUAGUCAAUGUGAUAAAGCCUUUGCAUGUCAUAGUAAUCUCCGAAUUCAUAAAAGAACACAUACUGGAGAGAAACCCUAUGAAUGUCAUCAAUGUGGUAAAGCCUUUACAUGUGACAGUAAUCUCCGAAUUCAUAAAAGAACACACACUGGAGAGAAACCCUAUGAAUGUAACCAAUGUGGUAAAGAUUUUGCAUGUAACAGUACUCUGCUAACACAUAAAAGGACACAUACUGGAGAGAAAUCCUACAAAUGUAAUCAUUGUGAUAAAGCCUUUUCACAAGACGUUUCUUUACGAAGACAUAAAAGAACGCACACUGGAGAGAAACCCUAUGAAUGUCAUCAAUGUGGUAAAGCCUUUGCAUGUCACAAUUAUCUCCGAAUACAUAGAAGAACACAUACCGGCGAGAAACCCUAUGAAUGUAAUCAAUGUGGUAAAGCCUUUGCAUGUCACAAUUAUCUCCGAACACAUAAAAAGACACAUACUGGAGAGAAACCUUUUGAAUGUACUCAAUGCGGUAAAGCUUUUACACGUUACAAUAGUCUCCGAAUACAUAAAAGAACACACACUGGAGAGAAACCUUAUGAAUGUAAUCAGUGCGAUAAAGCCUUUUCACAACAAGGUCAUCUCCGAGUUCAUGAAAGAAUACACACCGGAGAGAAACCCUACAAAUGUAAUCAAUGUGGUAAAGCCUUUGCAUGUGAAAAUCACCUUAAAAAUCAUGUAAGAAUUCAUACUGGAGAGAAACCUUACAAGUGUAAUCAAUGUAAUAAAGCCUUUGCACAAAAAGGUAGUCUCAAAAUACAUAAAAGCACACAUACUGGAGAGAAACCCUACACAUGUAAUCAGUGUGGUAAAGCUUUUUCACAACACAGUUACCUACGAAUACAUAAAAGAACACAUAACUGCAUGUAGCAGUAGGCUUAGGAACUAGGAAAAGUCAUACUGCAAGGAAACCCCAUAAAUGUAGUCAGUGUGGUAAAGUUUUAUACUUCAUGGUAUCUCUUUAUACAAGAGUAAAACCUUUAUUGUGUAAUCAGUCUGUUAAAGCCCUUGCAUAUUACAGUAGUCUUUGAGGACCUGAAAGAAUUCAUACCGAGGGGAAUCUAUAAUGAUAAAAGAAUUGGUAAGAUCU